UCCUGCUGUCAGCUUGUACACUUCCGGAAGAAGCGGAAUACAACAGUGGAUUUUCGGCACAUAAACAUUUCCCUUCUUGUUCAAACACGAAAGCUGAACCGAUACUUUAAUUUCAGUCCAGUGACAGUCAAGGAGGCAGACUGUCAAGAUGUUUUCUUUCCACGUGUUUGAUCACCCGAUGUCCCGGGGUUUUCCGAACCGCUUCUCUACCCAGUACCGGUGCUAUUCGGUGUCCAUGCUCGCAGGACCCAACGACCGGUCAGACGUGGAGAAAGGAGGCAAAAUUAUAAUGCCGCCUUCAGCUCUCGACCAGCUCAGCAGACUUAACAUCACCUACCCGAUGCUGUUUAAACUGACCAACAAGAACUCAGACAGAAUGACACACUGUGGCGUCCUAGAGUUUGUGGCCGAUGAGGGGAUCUGCUACCUGCCACACUGGAUGAUGCAGAAUCUCCUUCUGGAGGAAGGUGGUCUGGUCCAAGUGGAAAGUGUUAACCUAAUGGUGGCCACUUACUCAAAGUUUCAGCCCCAGAGCCCCGACUUCCUGGACAUUACAAACCCCAAGGCAGUUCUAGAGAACGCUCUGAGAAACUUUGCGUGCUUGACAACUGGUGAUGUCAUAGCUAUCAACUACAAUGAAAAGAUAUAUGAGCUGCGAGUAAUGGAGACCAAGCCAGAUAAAGCAGUGUCCAUCAUUGAGUGCGACAUGAAUGUGGAUUUUGAUGCUCCUUUGGGUUACAAAGAGCCAGAGCGACGACCUCAGCACCAGGAAGAGCCGACAGAGGAAGAAGGAGAUCCCAGCAGUUACGCCGACAUGGACACGGGGUUCAGAGCUUUCACUGGUUCAGGCAAUCGUUUGGAUGGUAAAACAAAAGGGAUCGAGCCCAGCCCUGCACCACUCGCUCUAAGUGACAUCAAAAGAGGCAUUCCCAACUAUGACUUUAAAGUCGGCAGGAUCACUUUCAUCAGAAACUCCAAGCCUCUGCCCAGGAGAAUUAUAGAUGACGAUGACGCCUUGAACAGAUUCAUCGCCUUCUCUGGAGAGGGACAGUCACUACGCAAGAAGGGCAGAAAGCCUUGAAGAAUUACAAAUGGAGAGUCUGGCUAAUGUGCACAGACCCACCAUGUCUUUUGUCACCUUCAUCAGCAAAGUAAAAAAAACAAAACAAAACAGUUUUUCAGAUGCACCGGGUUUUGCCUCUCUGCACCUUUUGAAAUGGGAACUUUGCUGUUGACUUUGGAUGACGGCGUGUAAUUAAAACUCUGACAGUAAUGAUUUGUCCAAAAGAAGCUGAGCUGCUUAAAAUACUGCCAGGUGUAAUUUGAUAUUCACAAGUACAAAGCGAUUGGUUGAGUUGAGCAGGAAGCAUCGACACAAUGGAUCAGAUUUACCUUUGACUUAGCACUCUCCUAUUUUCCAUAAUUGUUUCAUUUUUUACGUUUCUCUUUAAAUAUGCUUUUAUCCAGAAUAUCAUUAUUAUGACAGAUUUGGAGCAAUAAUAGUUUUGGGUUGAAUUAUUAUGGAAAUAAUUUUAUGUUUGAAUAUUUUUUUCUUGAUUUAAAAUAAUAAUUUGCAAGUUUUUUUUCCCCUUUCCUCCUGGUUUAUUUAUAGAUAAAUAAAGGAUUGUGUAUUGAAAAUAA